AUGUCCAACAACGCCGUCGGAAACGUCUAUGACAACAUCAUCACCGAAGUCAUCAAUUCUUCGCGUGUCGAUUUCGAGGAAGGAGGUGUUGACGAGUCUGUGCUCGAGGAACUGAAGAAGGGCUGGCAGGAAAAGCUCUCUCAACUCGAGGUAGCCAGCUUCCCAUGGGAUCCUAAGCCGGAUGCAGCGCCGCCCGCAGCUCCUCAACCCGCGCCCGUCCAGCAGCCGCCGCCCCAAGCAGCCCCGUACUCCCAAGCUCAGCUCAGUCCUCAGCCACCUCUGCCCGGCGUGCCGCUUCCCGGACCCCAGGUCGGCCAACCUGCCGUGAAGGAGGAGCCUUACAUUAAGCCCGAGCCUGGCUUGCAGAAUGUGACCCUGCCGCCGUCUCAACAGGACGCUCAAAGCAACCAGGCUGCGUACCGCGCCGCGCAGCACAUCCGUGGACAGUUUGGCGAAAAGGGUGCCGGCUCGAUUAGCGCCAUCCAGUCAUCCGCUACGAAUAGGCCUGCUGGUCAACCCCCUCUCCCGCAACUGCCUGGUCAGCCCGCCCAGCAGCAACAAUACCGCCCACCCCAGCAGCCAGGCCAACAGCCUCCCACGAGCAACGGCCAGCCUGGUGUGAACCCCUCGCAGACCGACGGAGCGGAUGACGACUACGAUAUCGAGGGCGUUUUGAUGCAGCGCCGUGCUGAUGGCACCGAGCGCGAGCUUGGCCGUGUUGAUAUCGACCGCAUGAUCCACAAGCAGAUUGCUGCCAGAGCAAAGAGCAUGGAAGGUGGUGGACUGAUGCUGCCCCUCAAGGAAGCUACGAAACACAAGGCUGCUGCAACCUCUCGUUCCAAGGGCAAGGAACACGGUGUUGCGCCCUACGACGGCUAUGACGACGACGAGCUUGACGAAGACGCCAUCAAUUCUGAUCUUGACGACCCGGAUGAAGACAAGGAUGACGACGAAGUUGACGACGAGGGUCUGGGCCACAUCAUGCUCUGCAUGUACGACAAGGUUCAGCGCGUCAAGAACAAGUGGAAGUGUGUUCUGAAGGACGGCGUACUCACUGUCAACGGCAAGGAGUACGUUUUCCACAAGGCCACCGGCGAGUACGAGUGGUAG